AUGCAAGAACUAGCCGUCCAAACUUCCGGGGACAACAGUCAUUCCGGCAGGUUGGUAACAAUGGUGGCGGAGAGACGCGACAACUUCAAGGUGGACCAAGACGGACGAUGUUCGCAGCGGAAAAUCAAGAUGCGACGACAGAGGGCAGCACCUACGCAAACAUGGCGGAUACGAGGAGCAAUGGGAGAUUUUCCAGUAGUUCCAAAAUCGACCAAUAGAUGGCAUUCGGCCUGUCGUUUUUAGUAGUGAGCUACAUUCUUCUGAGGAAACGGAGAUGACAAAUGUCACAGACCUACUACAAAACAAAUGUUAUAAUGUUAUGUCAUUCGGUUUCUCUUGUAGCUACGCGAAUGUCUCCGGUGCUGUGUUUUGUGAUAAUUUCGACGACUAUGGCUAUUCUUUUGGACUUUUGUGACUUCUAUACCCGACCGACCUUUGCACUCCCCCUGGACCCUUGCUUGCCAUUACGAUUUACCCCUGCCUGUACUCCGGACCUUGAAACAAUCAUGGGAAAAGACUAUGGGAUCAUGGUCAACUGUACGCCUGAAGGACGAGCUGCGAAAACGCAAAGCAAAACUUUCUGGAAAGAAAGCAGUGCUUGUCCAGAGACUUGAAGAUUACGAUAAGCUGUUUGGACCAGUUGUAACCGACUCGGAAGUCGUAUUCAAAAUAAAAGUGCCGGAACCUAAAAGUUUCCGAGAUAUUACGAGUAACUCGGCUAUACCUGAUUUGGAUAUGGCUGAUAUAGAAUUGUUUUCCCAGCUCUCAGGGAGGGAAAACUUAAAGACGUCUCUGAAUAUGUAUGACGAAUAUUUUUUAAUGUCAUGCAGAGUAGCUUUUUUUAAUGCUGACUAUUAUAUUACUGGCAUGGUUGCAUCAGAGAUGAGGAAACAUAUUGUAUACAAUGUAACAGUAAAAGCAAAAAGUCAUUUGAUUUUAGAAACCCAAUGUGAAUGUGCUGCAGGAAUGGGGCCAUAUGGACAAUGUAAACACAUUUUAGUGGUGUUAAUAGGCAUCACGGACAUGGUUCAACACCGAAGAAUUAAAAUGAAAACAAGUAUUACCAAUCGUCUCCAAACAUUCCACCAGCCAAGGAGAUUACACUCUGGCGAUCCAGUUAGAGCUGAAGACCUUAAAUUAAAAUCAGAGGACAAAAAUUAUAAAGAAAUGGCCCAGUUUGACCCAAGGCCAAUGACGGAACGGGAAAAACAAACAGCUACUGACUAUACUUCAGAUUUCAAAUCAGCAAUCAUAAACUUCUGUGGGUUGAACAAAAACGAUACUUCCAUCAUGCCUAUAGUCCAGUUAUGCAAACCCGCUAAUAAGAAAGCCGUUUUUAAUGACCACGACUAUUUAGAAAAGAGUGUAGAGCAAGAAUUUAUGGAUAACCUAUUAAACCUCACAGAAGAAGAGCUGUGUGCCAUAGAAGAUAUUACAAGAAAAGAUAAAAAAAAGAUGGAAAGGGGAACGUCUUAUGAGACUACAUAGUUCCAACUAUGGAAGAAUAUGUAAGGCCCGGGGUAAUGAAAAAAAUAUGGCAAAGUCAUUAGUUAGUCAAAUUGAUUUAUUCUGUGCACCAAUUAAACAUGGAAUAAAAUAUGAAGAUGUAGCAGUACGGGAAUUUGAAAAACAAACGGGCUUAAAAACGAAAAAAUGUGGAAUAAUCAUUAACAGGGAACAUCAAUUCCUGGCGAGCACACCAGACAGGCUAGUUGAAGAAGACUGUGUGCUAGAAGUGAAGUGUCCUUAUACCGCAAAGAACCUAAUGAUCUCACCGGAAACUGUGCCAUACAUCAAUUUAUGUGAAAAAACGUGGAUUAUUAAAACUAAAUAAAGACCACGAUUACUUUUACCAAGUACAAGGUCAAAUGAUGUGUACUGGAAGAAAAAGGACAUACUUUGGAGUGUACACAAUUAGUGAUUUUAAAAUAUUAAUAAUAGAAAGGGACAAUACUUUUAUUAAUAAUAUGAUUAAAAAAUUAAAACACUUUUAUGUAGAUCAUUUUACAGAAGUUUUAAUUAGAAAAUAUCUUUAUAAUAAAAAAAUUUGAUAACA